AUGGGUGGGACGUGUGCGAAAGUGUUUUUGGUGACAGCGAUCAAAACCGUGCAGAAUGUGACCAUUACAACGACAGUGGAGAAGGCGAAUGAAACAAAAGUCCAAAUCGGAGUCGAAAUUCCUGCAGCUCAGCUCACAAUCGGGCCAAAAGUAAACUAUCGACCUACCAUGUCCCAAACGCAUUCGUCAACAAUCGCUGGGCCAAUGGUCUUUGCAUUUGAGGUGGAGAAGCUACAGGUUCACAGGCAGGGCGGUGGUUUCACCAAGGAGUAUGUUAAGGGCGCAAUGCUCGGCCAGCAAGAUGACUUUGAAGACGCUGUCGAAGCAGCUGGUAAUAAGCUGGACGAGGACGAGUUGGAAGAUUUUGGCUUUGAAGCUGUUUCCGGACUUGAGGAUGAGACAGCUUAG